AUGGCCUCAUCUCCGGAAUACGUUUUCUCCCGGGAUUACCUGGACAACAACCGGAUCAACCUGCAACACUAUUUGGUAGUUCAAUUGUUUGGAUAUCGCAUCCACCCCUCCAUUCCAACCCAGAGCCCGGAUCUGCGGAUUGCCGAUGUUGGCACAGGCACCGGUAUAUGGCUCACGGACCUGGCUGGCGAGCUGCCUAAGUCGGCUCGUCUAGAUGCCCUGGAUAUCUCGUUUGCUGCUGCCCCUCUACCGGAGAUGCUCCCACCCAACGUGAGUUUGCACCAAUGGGACGUCAAGACUGACGUGCCGGAGCAUCUGAUGGGCGUCUAUGAUGUGGUCCAUCUUCGCUUUUUUGCCUUUGUGAUCCAGGAACACGAGUUGGAUAUGAUACUGGAAAGACUCCUCAAACUCCUAAAGCCUGGGGGAUAUAUCCAAUGGACCGACAUUGAUAUCAGCUCCCUCCGACUGGAAAAGAUCCGGCCGGAUAUUCAGGCCGACGCGCAGGUCAAGUUGAUGAACCAGUUCAAAGGGAACGAUAACCGGCUGGACUCAGCCUGGGUCCCCACCCUGGCCAAGCGCCUUGCCAACAAAGGACUGAUUGAUAUCGUAACCGAUGCGCGAGAGGCGCCACCACACUUAGCUUUGGCGCUACACGAGGUGGGAUUACUGGCAACCGAGGUCCUCACACGGAACAAGGCAAGCAGUGGUACCGAGGAAGUAGCGAGAGCGAUGAAGCAGACGCUGGCUCAAGCUGCAAAGGAGACUCGAGAUGGAUCGUAUUUAGCCUUUACUAGAUACACCGUGGUGGCGCGCAAGAAGGAUCCUGCGUGA